UUUUCUUUUUCUUCAUUAUUAUUAUUUUUUCUUCAAAUCAAAAAUGGAGAGAGAGAUGGAAAUGAAACAAUCAAAAUUCAAGAGAAUUUGUGUGUUUUGUGGGAGUAGCCCUGGCAAGAAGAGCAGCUAUAGAGAAGCUGCUAUUGAGCUUGGCAGGGAAUUGGUUUCAAGAAAUAUUGAUCUGGUUUAUGGAGGAGGCAGUAUUGGGCUAAUGGGGUUGAUUUCUCAAGCAGUCUUCGAUGGUGGCCGCCAUGUCAUUGGAGUGAUUCCCAAGACACUCAUGCCUAGAGAGAUAACUGGAGAGACAGUGGGUGAAGUUAAGGCAGUUUCAGACAUGCACCAAAGGAAAGCAGAAAUGGCUAGACAAUCUGAUGCCUUCAUUGCCCUACCUGGUGGGUAUGGAACUCUGGAAGAACUUCUUGAAGUAAUAACUUGGGCUCAACUAGGAAUCCAUGAUAAACCAGUGGGAUUGUUGAAUGUGGAUGGAUAUUACAAUUCACUACUUUCGUUUAUUGACAAAGCAGUGGAAGAAGGUUUCGUAUCCCCAAAUGCACGCCAUAUCCUUGUGUCUGCUCCCACUGCCCGAGACUUGGUCAAAUCCAUGGAGGAGUAUGAACCACAACACGAAAGAGUGGCAUCAAAAGUCUGUUGGGAAACAGAAGAAUCAGCAAAAUAUGAAAUCUCUAGGUGAGAUGAGACGUUCAUGCAGAUUCCCAACUAAUUUUUAGGAGAUCAA